AUGAACGCGGAACAACGGUAUGAGAGUAUCGAAGUCGAAGCCAAACGCAAAAGACUCCGAAAAGGGACGCACAGUUGCUGGGAAUGCAAGCGGAGAAAGGUUCGAUGCACAUUUGCUUCUCCGGCAGAUUCAACUUGUAUCACCUGCCAACGGCGCGGUACACGGUGCGUCGGCCAAGAUGUCCCCGAGGAAGAGUGUCCAGUCGAGGAUGGCGCAACAGGCAGCAUGGAACGUGUCGAGGCACUUCUGAACAAGCUGGUCAAGACCAUCGACCACACGACAACGACAGAAAACCGACCAAGAAGACAGCCAGUGGAGGCCCAGGCGAGCCGUAGUGACAAUGAUCCAAGAUCAUCAGCCAGUCGACAACCACAGCCUGCUGCACCUCCGACGGUGGCCACGCGUGAUUCUUCGUCGGUAGUGUCACAUCUUCGAACUACGAGAAAUAUCAAUGCUCAUCUCCCACCUCCAUCAUAUCGCACACCAGAUUCGCAACCAUCUCCAAUAUCCCAAAUGUCAGCAUCCAGAACAAGUAGUCUCAACCAGAUCUCACAAGCCCUCCUUGCAGCCUUUCCUUCUCAGAGCGACAUCGACAUUCUACUCAAAGACGACGGCGGCAUUUGUACCAUUUGCCCUCAAAUUAGCUCCAUGUUCUCCGGCAAGGACGGCGGAGGCGGUAUGAUUCGGGAGCACACAGGAAAUGCUGUCAAAGUUGCCGGGCCCCAUGUCCAUCCAGUUCUCCUGGCCAAACACAUGCUUACUUUGUCGGCGCUAUUGAUGAGUUUCCCACCUCAUGAACGGAUACCAGGUGUGAUGGAACACCAUCAUGGUAUCAUGAUGAGACUUGCAGACACGGCCAUCAACCUGGUGACAACGAACGAAGAGCUUCUGGGUUCCGUCGAGAGUCUCGAAUGCGUCCUACUCGAAGGACAACAUCACUCGAACUGUGGAAACAUCCGAAGGGCCUGGCUUGCGCACAGGAGGGCCCUGAUGGUGGCUCAACUUUACGGAGUAAAUAGGCUCAACGGACCCACCCCGAAAAGACUCGACCCGGAACCAUCAAACAGCAGCAUGCAGACCUUGUGGACGCAUGUCAUAUAUGUCGACCGAUUUGUCUCUUUGAUGCUCGGUCUACCUCCCGGUAACACCGACUUCAACCCCGAGACACACGCACCACCAACGGCCGGAAAGCCAAGGGAGAAUCUAGAGUCCCUCCACGCGGUGGUUUCCGUGAAGAUCUUCCAACGAAAUCAGUUGACUCCCUCGCAACAAGUCGUGAUCGACACCCUCGACAUCGACAAAGAACUUCGCAAAACGGCCGAAAGCCUUCCCGCCAACUUCUGGAGGCCACCGGAGUUCACCGAGAUGCAAGAGAACACCAACGAAGCCCUGAAGGAGACGAUGCGAGUCAGAGAUCACGUCACUCACUUCUCCCUGCUCAACCAACUCCAUCUGCCGUACUUGCUGUGCCCGAACGUCGGUGUGAACGAAUACUCCCGGACGUCAUGCACGUACGCCAGUCGCGAGAUCUUGAGUCGAUUCAUCAUCUUCCGCACCUUGAGGAAACUCUCGUCGUGCUGCCGUCUGGCCGAUUUCCUGGCCGUCGUGGCCGGCAUCACUUUGGUAUUGGCACACAUCGACAGUCAUCGCCUGGCAAGAUCUGGUAACAACGCGCUCAUCCAUCAACGCCUUGGAGACCGAGCGACGGUGGAGAAGGCUCUCGAGAAGGUCGAGGUCAUAUCGAGGCCGAAUGACGACAUGAUGACGGCCAAGUGCGCGGAUGUUCUGCGUCGAUUGCUCCGUAUCGAGGCAGAUGCAGCUCAGUGGCAUGAAGAAGGAGGGACCAUAGGCAACGCUCAAGGAGCUGAAGGUGGUCAUGGAGACACAAAAAACGCUUUGUUCAUCACGGGCCCAUACUGUGGUACCUUUAAGGUCUCAAAUUUUGGGAUCGAGUUUUUGAGUGGACUGGAGAGCACACUGCACUCGAGUGAUGGAUUCAUGCUCGGCGGUAUAGGCAUGAUCCAUGUCGUUGAUGAUGGUGAUGAUGGGAUCACAAACGAGCAAGAGUUACCGACGGCUGGAUUUCCAAUGUUUGACAAUAAUGUUACACCGCCCUUUACGAACGACCAACCACACACGGUCCUCGUGGAAGAUACACAGGUCCCCUCCACCACCGACGCCCUCCCUUCGGACGAUUUUAUGAUGCAGGACGACGACGACAACCCCAACAGCAACAACAUGUACCCUGGCGUAACGACGACGGGUAUGAUGAACGAGUGGACGAUUCCUGGCGUUGACUCUACCUUUUUCGACAGUUUGAUGAUGAUGCAGACUGAGGCGGAUACUCAGAUUGGUGGCAUCGACAAUGAAGGACCGUCGGCAGCAGGCGCGGAUUGGGAUCGAUCUGUGAAUGUCCCUCCAACUGUCAACCGUACAGCCAUGUACUUGGCAUCCCAACCACCUGUACUAUAG